GUAAGCUGAUCUCGUUUCACUGGAAAUGAAAGUUAAGCUGUUGUUUUAUUUCUUUGCCUGUGCUCUCAUUUUAGGUAAACACUGACUCAAUCACAGAGAUGACCAACCCACCCCUGAAAGACUGAAAGAAGAAUUUUGCCAAAGGACUCAGGAUUCUACACUUUUCAUCAGGGAUUCGGGGUAAUCUCAUACUUUACAGUGAGUUUAGAAAAUGGCAUCCAAGCGUUCUUUUCCAGAGGAGGAUUUGUCCUGUCCUGUGUGCCAUGACGUCUUCAAGGAUCCUGUCAUCAUGACAUGUAGUCACAGUGUGUGUAAAGUCUGUCUGGAGAAGUUCUGGGAAACUAAGGGACAUGAAGAGUGUCCCAUCUGCAGGAAAAGAUUCACAAAAUCAAAUCCACAACUUAAUUUGGCAUUAAAGAACCUGUGUGAGAGCUACUUACAGGAGAGAAGUCAGAGAGCUUCAGCAGGGUCUGAGGUGCUCUGCAGUCUGCACAGUGAGAAACUCAAGCUCUUCUGUCUGGAGGAUGAACAGCCCGUGUGUCUGGUGUGCAGAGACUCAAGGGAACAUAAGAAUCACAACUUUAGUCCUAUUGUUGAGGUCACAUGUGAUUAUAAGGAGGGACUGAGGACACAGCUGGGCAAGUUGAAACAAAAUAUGGAUACACAUAGAAAAAUUAAACGAAUUUGUGAUGAAACAGCAAAACACAUUAAGACUCAGGCCCAGCACACAGAGAUGCAAAUCAAGGAGGAGUUUGAGAAGCUUCACCAGUUUCUACGAGAUGAAGAGGCAGCCAGAAUAGCUGCACUGAGGGAGGAAGAGGAGCAGAAGAGUCAGAUGAUGAAGGAGAAGAUUGAGAAGAUGAGCAGAGAGAUCUCAUCUCUUUCAGACACAAUCAGAGCCAUAGAAGAGCAGUUGGGAGCUGAUGACAUCACAUUCUUGAAGAACUACAAGAGCACAGUGGAAAGAGCCCAGUGCACACUGCAGGAUCCAGAGAGGGUUUCAGGAGCUCUGAUCAAUGUGGCAAAGCACCUGGGCAACCUGAAGUUCAGAGUCUGGGAGAAGAUGCAGGAGACUGUUCAGUACACUCCUGUGACUCUGGAUCCCAACACUGCAUACCCACGGCUCAUCCUGUCUGAGGAUCUGACCAGUGUGAGACUUGGUGAUGAGAAGCAGCAGCUUCCUGAUAACCCAGAGAGAUUUGAUCACUAUUACAGUGUCCUGGGCUCUGAGGGCUUUAACUCAGGAACUCACUGCUGGGAUGUGGAGGUUGGAGAAAACACACAGUGGGCUGUGGGUGUGAUGACAGAGUCUCUCCAGAGGAAGGGAGACUACACCUCCAUGAGUGGAUGGUGGAUUGUGUGGUAUAAUGAUGGUGAAUAUGUAGCAUAUGCUCCUCCUUAUGACUACACUGACCUCACAGUGCAGCAGAAACUCCAGAGGAUCAGAGUGCAGCUGGACUGGGACAGAGGAGAGCUGUCAUUCUCUGACCCUGAUAAUAACACACACCUACACACUCACACACACACAUUCACUGAGAGAGUGUUUCCAUACUUUGGUAUUGACUGUGAACUCUCUCCUCUGAGGGUUGUACCAGUGAAGGCCUCUGUGUCAGUAGAGCAGCCCUGUUAAAGCAGAAACUGUCUCUGUCUGAACAAGAGCCGACAUGCAGAGACGGAUGGAGACAUUUGGGUGUCAGUCAUGAGUCACUCACACAGUAACUGCAGUCAAUCUGAUAUCUGACCUGUGAGGCAUCAUAUUCUGGGUACUUUCAUUUAGUUCAGAAUCUUCUGAUUCCAUUUGUUUAAUAUCCACUAGAAUAAUUGCUGGUGUUGGGCCAUUUAUUAUUCUAAGACAGUUUGUCUCUGUUUGCAUGUGUGCAUUUUUAUGAUGGUUUCUGUUGUCUAUGUAUGUUUUUCUACACUGCUACCACAAGCAAAUUACAACUACAGUGAAUCUAAUAUCUGUUCUGUUCUGUGAGGCAUCGUCUUCUGGGUACUUUAAUUGAAUUCCUGAUAUUCUAUGUAGAAUCCUCUGAAAUAACUGCUGAUUGUAAAUGAUUUAUAACACAAUGAUGGUUUGUUAUCCAGGUCUGUGUUUCUACACUGCUGCCACAAGCACAUCAAAAUAUCAGAUUAGUAAAUGAUGUGGACAUUUCUGUUGAGUCUCUCCGGUUUAGAGCUCAGCUCAUUUAGAGGGCCAUCUGGUGGACAUUGUUGGAAGGCAAUGAGCACUGUACACAUUGCAACAGUGAUAUUUGGCUAUGUACAUUCAAAUAAAAUAAAAUCAAUA